AUGAACCCAACUUCUGCCAAUAGUGGCAGUUUGGGUUUGAAUACUAUUGUUUCAACACUAGUUCAAAAUCCUUCAACUCGACAACCAUCAACAGCAAUUGUUUCUAAUAUACAAAACGCAUCAUCGCCUGUAAAUCUUUUUGCUAAUUUACCUGGUGGUAUUUUUCCACCAAAUAAUACUAACAAUAAUAAUAAUAUUAAUUCAUCAACUGCCAAUCAAGGGCAAUUAACAUCAUCACGCCUUAAAGUGGAGGAUGCACUCAAUUAUCUCGAUAAGGUAAAAAACCAAUUUGCGCUUCAACCGCAAGUUUACAAUCAAUUUUUGGAUAUUAUGAAAGAGUUUAAAUCACAAAGUAUUGAUACACAAGAAGUUAUUAAUCGUGUAUCAACACUCUUUCAUGGUCAUCCAGAUUUGAUUGUUGGUUUUAACACCUUUUUACCACCGGGUUAUAAAAUUGAAGUUAGUGAAGAACAUCAUGGUUAUAUACAAGUAACACAUCCAUCAUCACGAACAGAAUCAAUUGCUAUUGGUGGUAAUACAAAUACAACAUAUAAUUUAUCUAUAACAACACCAACAACAACAUAUCGACAAACAGCUAAUUUAUUAAAUCAAGAUAAUGAUGAAACAGAUAUUUUACAACAAGCAUCAAAUAAUGCAACAUCACAAGCUGUUAAUGCCUUAAUAUCAGCUGCUAGUGCACCACAAAUACCAUAUUUUGGAACAACAGGUGGUUUAAAUUUAUCAACAAAAACAACUAAACAACAACCAAUAACAAAUGUAAAUACAUCAACACAAGCAACAACAGUUGAAAAAAGUUCAAGUGGACAACCAGUUGAAUUUAAUCAUGCUAUAAAUUAUGUUAAUAAAAUUAAAAAUCGUUUUCAUCAAAGUCCAAAUAUCUACAAAACAUUUCUUGAAAUUCUUCAUACAUAUCAAAAACAACAAAAAGAUGCUAAAGAAAUUCCUUCGAAUAAUUUAACAAAUAAUAAUGCAUCGACAAUAUCAAGUGGUAUUAAUAAUCAAUCAACCUUACUAUCAGAAACAGAAGUUUAUGCUAAAGUAGCACAAUUAUUUACUAAUCAUGAAGAUCUUCUCGCUGAAUUUAGUCAAUUUUUACCUGAUGCUACACAACAACCAACUGAACGUUCUAAUUCCAUUUCUGAUAUUCUAUCAUCAUCUGGUAGUUCAACUCCACCUAUAUUUUCAACUCAAACAAGUUCAAUUUCAACAACAACACCAACAAAUACAAAUCCAAUUGUAACUAAUCCAACACCACGUUUAAUAAUAAAUAAUCCUGUUUCAUCAUCAAUAACAACAACAUCAUCAUCAUUUUUAACAAUAAAUAAUAAUUCAAAUUCAUCUCCAUUAUCAUCUUUAGCUAUGUUAUCAUCAGCACCAUCAUUUACAGUAUUAACAUCAACAACAACUAAAGAUGAAAGUAUUCGUCCACCAUCACCAAAACGACCGACAACAACAACAACAACGACGACAAUAGCAGCAACACCAACAACAAUAACAAAUACAACAUCGACUAGUACGAAUAAUAUGCCUAAUAAACGAUCAGCUUCAACAUCAAAAUCACCAGCAACAACAGCAACAAAGAAAAAACGUUUAACAAUGACAAAUAAUAUACAACCAAUAUCACCAACAAUUCGACCGACAAAUAUAGUUGAAACAACAACAAUAGGACAAAAUAAAAAAACAUCAUCAAUUGAUGAUGUUGCUUUUUUUGAAAAAGUACAAAAAACAUUGCGUAGUCCAUUAGUAUUUGAUAAUUUUCUACGUUGUAUUUUACUUUAUACAAAACGAAUUAUAUCUCGUAAUGAGCUAUUUGAACUUAUACAAUCUUAUCUUAGUCAUGUACCUGAUUUAUUAAAAACAUUUCAAGAAUUAAUUAAUCAACGUGAACCGGGAGAUGUUAUUAUACCAAAAAGUAUCUAUGAUCAAAAUGAUACUGAUAGUAUGAUUAGUAUUGACUAUGGUUCAUGUUCUCAAUAUGGAACAAGUUAUCGUUCAGUUCCACGUUCUUAUAUACCACCACCAUGUAGUGGUCGAACACAAUUAUGUAAAGAAGUUCUUAAUGAUCAUUGUGUUUUAUUUCCAACAUUUACGGAUGAAUCAUCAUCAGUUGCAUCAAAAAAAAGUGUUUUUGAAGAACAUAUGUAUAAAAUUGAAGAUGAACGUUUCGAACUUGAUAUUGUUAUGGAAGUUAAUUUAAGUGCUAUAAGAGCAUUAGAAAGUGUACAAUUACAUAUGAAUUCAUUAACAUCAGAUCAAUUAAAUCAUUAUCAAUUAGAUGAUCACUUAGGUGGACAAUCAGCCGUAACACAAAAACAAGCUGUACAAAGAAUUUAUGGUGAACGUGCAAAUGAAAUUAUUGAUGGAUUAAAAAGAAAUCCACGUGUUGCUGUACCGAUUGUUCUUAAACGAUUAAAAGCUAAAGAUGAAGAAUGGCGUGAAGCAAAGAAAAAUUUUGAACGUUUUUGGAAAGAACAAAGUGAAAAAUAUUAUCUUAAAUCAUUAGAUUAUAUGGGAAUAAAUUGUAAAAAUUCAGAUGCAAGAAUUAUUCGUAAUCGAUAUUUAUUAAAUGAAAUUGAAAAUAUCAAAGAAGAACGUGAUCAACAAACAAUAUCAAAUCCUAAUCAAUCACAUUUAUCAUUUCGUUAUGAAGAUUUAUCUAUACUUGAUGAUGCUGCAUCUUUAAUUGUUUUUCUUGUUAAACGACAAAUGACAUUUGCAAAAGAAGAUAAACAGAAUAUCAAAAAAAUUAUGUAUCAAUUUUUACCAGAUUUUCUAUUUACACCAAGAGGAGAACUUAGUGAUGAUGAAGAAGACGAUGAUGAAGAUGAAAGUAAACGUGAUAAAAAAUCGCGACCAACUCGUCAUACUGAUACAAAUCGAAGACGUAAUAAUGAAUCAUUAACAGCUAAACCUCGUCAACUUGCACAAGAAUAUCAAAAACCAGAUGAUAUGUUUCAUUUAUUUUUUGUAAAUGAUAAUUAUUAUUUUUUCUUUCGUCUUCAUCAAUUAUUAUGUGAACGUUUAUUAAAAAUGUUUCAACAAUCAUUACGUUUAAUUGAACAAGAAAGUCGAGAAUUAAAUGAAAAUAAUUCACAACGUAAUAGACAACCAUCUGUUGCUACUUUACUUCGUUUAGCAAAUCGUCCAAAUAUACCUGUUGAUGAUUAUUAUCCAGUAUUUCUUGAUAUGGUAAGAAAUUUACUUGAUGGAAAUAUGGAUGGUUCAUCAUAUGAAGAUUCAUUACGUGAAAUGUUUGGUAUUCAUGCUUAUAUUGCUUUUACAAUGGAUAAAAUUAUUCAUAAUUGUGUUCGACAACUUCAUGCUAUAGUAACUGAUGAAUCAUCCGAUGCAAUAAUGCGUUUAUAUUCACGUACUAGUGGUACAGGGGGUCUUGUUGAUAAUCUUUAUUCAACAACACAACAAAAUUCCGAAGCUGCUUAUCAACGUGAAAUGGAACCAUAUGCAGAUGGAAAUCGUUUAUUUCGUGUUUGUUCGCUUAAAAAUGAUCGACGUGUAGCAACAACAUUGAUUGUUAUUGAUUCAUCGGAUGAUGAAGAUGAUGAAAGAAUAUCUGAAAAUUGGACACAUUAUGUUGAAUCAUAUAUACGUGAUAAUGAAGGUGAUCAUGAUGAAGCAAUAGUAGCACGUAUACGAUCUAAAUUACGAAAAAAUCCACGAUUUUUACUUCGAAAUAUUAAAAAACCAAUUGAUAUGACUGAUCGAUCAUUAACAGAAGUAACAACAACUAAUAAUGAUUAUUGUCGUCUUGAUACAAAAACACUUAAACGUAAACCAUAUCAUCGUGCUGAUUUCUAUUUUUAUAAACGAAAUUCAUCACGUUCAACAAAACAAAAUCAUAAACGAUUGUCUCUCAGACAAUAUAAUCGUUUUUUGAAAUAUUAUCAAGAUUGGUCUUCAAAACAUAUAUCAGAUAUUGAUACUGAUCCAUUUAAUAAUCUUUGGCUUAAAACACAUCGGUCGAAUAAUAAUAAUAAUAAUAAUGAACAAAAAAAUUUCGACAUUCAAUCAAUAUUUUCAGAUAAUGAUAUAACACAACCACCAUAUCGUCAUUAUCGACAAUAUCAAAUUGUUAAUACAUAG